GGGACGCGGGAGUGGAUUUAAAGGCUCCCCCCUGUGGGUGGGCUUCCAGAGAGAGGGAGAGAGGUUUCUCCCCGCCCUUCUGUUCCAUUGACCUUUCCUUGCUCCUUUUCUUUUUUGUCUGGCAGACAAAUAAUUGCUCUUCUCCCACCUCCCUUUAAGAAGCCCCCCUUUAAUUCCUUUCUCUGGGUUUUUUUUAACCUCCUUGUUUGGCCAUUUGGGGCCAGCAGCCCCUCUCUCUCUCCCUCCUUGCAGCAGUUUCACUUCUCAGCGGCCUUCCAACCUCCAGCACUUCCUGCCCUCUUUGUUCCCAGCUACCUUUUCUGCUGAACAGUUGGACCUUCUUCUCCUUCUUGCUCAGAACCAAUGGCAUCGGGUGUGGAGCUCCUUCGGUUCCAGCUCCCUGGCCAUGAGGCGGCCACUCUGCGCAACAUGAACCAGCUCCGCUCCGAGGAGCGCUUCUGCGACGUCACCAUUGUGGCGGACAGCCUCAAGUUCCGGGGCCACAAGGUCAUCCUCGCCGCCUGCUCCCCAUUCCUGAGAGACCAGUUCCUCCUCAACCCGUCCUCGGAGCUCCAGGUUUCCCUCAUGCACAGCGCUAAGAUUGUCGCUGACCUCCUCCUCUCUUGCUACACUGGCGCCUUGGAGUUUGCCGUCCGAGAUAUCGUCAACUACCUGACAGCAGCCAGCUAUCUGCAGAUGGAGCACGUGGUGGAGAAGUGCCGGAACGCCUUGUCUCAAUUCAUAGAGCCCAAGAUCAGCCUCAAGGAAGAAACGGCCAAAUACGGGGUCCACCGGAGGUCCAAGUCCCCCAGCGUUGUGGGCUGCACUACUUCUACCUCAACCCGCAAAGAACACUCACGAAAAAGGUCUAUGCAGCGUCCUGUGAAACUGGAAUUCCCACUGGAAGAAGAGCUAGAGAUGAAGGCAGAGGAUGAAGACGAAGAUCAGGAGGAUGACUACGGAGAUGAAGAUGCUAUCUCUGAUAUCUGCAUUGUGAAGAUCGAGUCAGCUAUGGAGAUAGCUCAGCGACAGAAGAAGCAGCAGCAUCAACAGGCAGGCACUGGCUGGAACAAAGAUAUGUCACCCCAACAGAGCUGGAACAAGGAAAGUUCUCCCCAGCAGACUUGGGGCAAAGAGUCUUCCCCCCCAUCAGAGUGGAACAAGGAUGGAUCUGGAGACCAGGAAGAGCCUCAAGUCAACUCUACAGUGGCAGAAACCAUGGGGUCUUCUCCAGAAUCGAGCCCUGAGAAACCCCAACAUGGUGUGGUGAAAGCCUCCUACAGCCUCUCUGAGGAUGCUGAGGGUGAAGGCCUCCUGAUCAUCCCAGGCGGAAGCUACUUGGAGGAAACCAGUGAGGCAGCAGCUGUGGCGGCUGAAUGCCAGAGCAGUGGUGGCGGGAUGGGGCUAGUGCUGGCGGGACUGAGCGGGCGUCCCUUCUCCACCUUUCCUGCCGUAGGGAGAGGUGGUGGCUCAGGAGUCGCAGGAGGAAGCGUCUCCAGAAUCAUCCGCUGCACCAAGUGUGAGGAGGUUUUCCAAGGUGUGGAGAAGCUGGUCUUCCACAUGAGGGCCCACCACUUCAUCUUCAUGUGCCCCCGCUGCGGCAAGCAAUUCAACCAUAGCAGCAACCUCAACCGGCACAUGAAUGUCCACCGUGGCGUCAAGUCGCACUCCUGCACCAUCUGCGGGAAGUGCUUCACCCAAAAGUCCACGCUCCACGACCACAUGAACCUCCACAGCGGCGAGAGGCCUUACCGCUGCUCCUACUGCGAUGUCCGCUUCGCCCACAAGCCCGCAAUCCGGCGCCACCUCAAGGAACAGCACGGGAAGACCACGGCGGAGAACGUCAUGGAAGCCAGCGUGACCGAGAUCAACGUCCUCAUACGCUGAAGGAGAAAUGGCAGAGUUGGCAGUGUUGAGAAGUGGAAGGGAAUUCCUGAGCUCUGAGGGAGGGAAGUGGGGUGUAGUGGUUAGAAUGUAGGGGUGGCGAGCCAGGGCUCCUCCUUUGAGUUUUUUGGGAUAGGUUUAGUGUCUAGAUUACUAGAGGGAUGGAAACUCCUGGAUUGUGUGGAAGGAGUUUGUGGGUGGGCAGGGGCUAGUGGAUUAGAAAAGAAGAGUAGGUCGUAUGGGAAGUAAGGCUCCUACAUUGCCCAGGAGAUGAAGGGGAUCUAGUUGGUCAGAUUAGGGGAAAUCUGGGCAAUGAGGUUACAGGAUUCCAUAGUUCUUUUCACUUCCUUCACAGUUCCCAUCCCUCUGUUUUUAAUGUCCCAUUACCAGAAAUCACUACCUCUUUUAAAGCCUGAUCCUAUGCAUAUUUACUUGGUAGUUACUAUAUAUACUUAUGUAUAAGUUGACCACAUAAAUAAAUCAAGGACAGGUUUUGGAGCCAAAAUUACAGUUUUUAAUAUGAUUUGUGGGUAAGGCAAAUUCAUUCUGUGAAGUGGGGAAAGCAUCACAUUGUUCUGGACCCAGCAGCCCUUGGCUGCCAUUAUUUUCCACCCAGGAUUUUAAAAAAAUACAAUUUCUAGUCUUAUACAUGAGUAUAAACAGUGUCCCACCUGAAGUUAGUGGGUCCAAUUCCCAAGUAAAUGGUAUAGGAUCAUGAUCUGUGGGUUAUUAGGGGAGACGCACAUGACUUAAUAAUAAAUACCUCCCCCUCUGCCUAAAGGGGCAUAAAUGUGACCUCGUUCUAUCUCAUCAGCCAAAGAAACUGAAAAAAGUCACUGAAGCGAUAUGGUGUCAGCAGGGAGGGUGAAUUGAUCUCAGCAUAAGGCAUUGCUGAGGCUGUCAGAUCAGUUGCUUCUGAUUUUGGUUAAAAUCUAAAUUGUUAUCAGUCAGCAUAAGGUGCAGAGAUCAGUUGCUUUUGAUUUUGGUCAGAAUCCAGUUGGUGUCCCAGGUUGGCUGUGAUUCACCAGCAUAAGCAAAGGUGACACGAGGGAGAAAAGCAAAUGGCCACAAGGAAAGGAAAACAAGGAACAGAUAGAUUGUGCUUGGGGAUUGCAAAUUUGGUCUGUUUCUUUUUCUCACUGGCUGCACAGCUAUGGAAAAAUUCCAGUGCUGGCUCAUGGCACCAACAUGAUUCUGAUACUUUGUCUACUGUUGGUAAAAGUGCAAAGACUGGCAACAAUCUACCAAGAAGCCUGUCUGCUUUGAAGACACUGAGUGACUAGCAUAAAGAAAGGGAAGUUGGCAACAACCUAAGUUUAAUGUGUGAAUCCCUCUAGAGCUCUAGACUUUUCCAAAAGCUUUGGGCUAACAAGAGUUUCUAUUGCGUAGUUUGACUUCAGAAGUAUGCUAAUCUUGAAGAAAAUAGUUGUCCAAGAGGAAACCAGAGAAGUGUGAAGAAUAGCUGUUAGGGAGAGCAAGGUUUAGUGUAUUAUGACAACAGUGUGUGAUUGCGCACAUUCGACUUUUCAGAACAAUUUUUGAGAACAACUUAAGGACUUCAGUCAAGUUUCUAGUCCUCAUGGCUGUGAAUAUGUGCUUGAAACCUGCUGUGUGGUAUCAUAAAAUACAACUUUUGGAAUGUGAUAACUUUUGUAAGUUAUAGCACAGAGAUUUAGAAGCAUGGGAAGCUCAUUUCAGACUCAAAGGAGUCUACUGCUUUUUAUUUCUUCUUAAAGGAGUACCUCAAACUCCACCAAACAGAGCUUGAUGUAAAACUGUGAAUGUAAGAAGGACUCUGCUGUUUUAGACCAAAGAACUAUAUAAUCCAGAAUCCUAUGUAUUUGGGAGCAGCACGUGAGGGCAAUAGAACUGCAGCUGGGAUCUGCUACUUUUUUUCUUUUUCUUUUUCUUUUUUUGGACUACAGCUCCUUUUAAAAAAAAAGGAACUAUUUUUAAACAAGCAAUGCAUGGAAGUGGAAGAAGACAAUAGAAUAGGAAGGACAAGAGACCUAUUCCAGAAAAUCAGAAACAUCGGAGGCAAAUUUCAGGCAAAAAUGGGCAUGAUCAAAAACAAAGAUGGCAAAGACCUAACAGAAGCUGAAGAAAUCAAGAAAAGGUGGCGAGAAUAUACAGAAGAUCUGUAUAGGAGGGAUACAAAUACAGAAGAUAGCUUUGACGGUGUGGUGAAUGAAUUACAACCAGACAUCCUGAGGAGUGAGAUUGAAUGGGCCUUAAGAAGCACUGCUAACAACAAGGCAGCAGGAGACGAUGGGAUCCCAGCUGAACUGUUAAAAAUCUGGAAAGAUGAUGUUGUCAAGGUGAUGCAUGCCAUAUGCCAGCAAAUAUGGAAAACACAAGAAUGGCCAUCACAUUGGAAAAAAUCAAUUUACAUCCCCAUACCAAAAAAGGGAAAUGCUAAAGAAUGUUCAAACUUCCAUACAGUGGCACUUAUUUCCCAUGCCAGUAAGGUAAUGCUCAAGAUCCUGCAAGGCAGACUUCAGCAAUACAUGGAGCGAGAGCUGCCAGAUGUCCAAGCUGGGUUUAGAAAAGGCAGAGGAACAAGAGACCAAAUUGCCAAUAUCCGCUGGAUAAUGGAGGAAGCCAGGGAGUUUCAGAAAAAUAUAUACUUCUGCUUUAUUGACUAUUCUAAAGCUUUCGACUGUGUUGACCAUAACAAACUGUGGCAUGUACUUGGUGGUAUGGGGAUACCAAGUCACCUUGUCUGUCUCCUGAGAAAUCUGUAUAAAGACCAAGUAGCCACAGUAAGAACAGACCACGGAACAACAGACUGGUUCAAGAUUGGGAAAGGAGUGCAGCAGGGCUGCAGACUUUCACCCUACCUAUUCAACUUGUACGCAGAACACAUCAUGCGACGUGCGGGUCUUGAUGAAUCCAAGGCUGGAGUUAAAAUUUCUGGAAGAAACAUUAACAACCUUAGGUAUGCAGAUGAUACCACUCUGAUGGCUGAAAGUGAGGAAGAGCUGAGGAGCCUUAUCACCAAGGUGAAAGAAGAAAGUGCAAAAGCUGGGCUGCAGUUAAAGAUCAAGAAAACCAAGAUCAUGGCAACCACACCUAUUGAUAACUGGCAAAUAGAGGGAGAAAACAUGGAGGCAGUGACAGACUUUAUAUUUCUAGGUGCAAAGAUCACUGCAGAUGCAGACUGCAGCCAGGAAAUCAGAAGACGUCUACUUCUUGGGAGGAGAGCAAUGGCCAACCUUGAUAAAAUACUGAAAAGCAGAGACAUCACACUGGCAACGAAGGUCCGCAUAGUGAAAGCAAUGGUAUUCCCCAUAGUAACCUAUGGAUGCGAGAGCUGAACCAUAAGGAAGGCUGAGCGAAGGAAGAUAGACGCUUUUGAACUCUGGUGCUGGAGGAAAAUCCUGAGAGUGCCUUAGACUGCAAGAAGAUCCAACCAGUCCAUCCUCCAGGAAAUAAUGCCCGACUGCUCACUGGAGGGAAGGAUAUUAGAGGCAAAGUUGAAGUAUUUUGGUCACAUCAUGAGAAGACAGGAAAGCUUGGAGAAGAUCAUGAUGCUGGGGAAAAUGGAAGGAAAAGGGAAGAGAAGACGACCAAGGGCGAGAUGGAUGGACGGUAUCCUUGAAGUGACUGGCUCGACCUUGAAGGAACUGGGGACGGUGACAGCCGACAGGGAGCUCUGGCGUGGACUGGUCCAUGAGGUCACGAAGAGUCGAAAACGACUGAACGAGUGAGACGACGACAGCUCCUUAAGUUGCUGGAGAUUUCUGCAAACGGUGGUCCAAAAACAGUAUCAUUUCUAAGUCUAGACAGAACGAUCAUGCUCUUGUUCAAGGCAAGUGGCUUUCAGAAGCAUACUGUCUCUGUUACUGGAUGUGACAAAUAACCACUAAAGUCUUAUCCUCCAUGAAUUUCAUUACUCCCUCUUUUGAAGUUGCUGGUCAUUUCUUACAGCACAAAAUCCCACAAAAUCAGGAGUGACUUGAGAAACUGCAAGUCAUUUCUGGCGUGAGAGAAUUGGCCGUCUGCAAGGAUGUUGCCCAGGGAACACCUAGAUGUUUUACCAUCCUGUGGAAGGUUUCUCUCAUGUCCCCGCAUGGGAAGCUGGAGCUGAUGGAUGGGAGCUCGCCCCACUCUCCAGAUUCGAACCGCCAGCUUUUCAGUCAGCAGUCCUGUUGGCACAAGGGUUUAUGUUUUCAUGUUGACAUUGACCUUAUCUCAGAGGGGGUUUUUUUUGGCGAGGUUUCUUUUUGGCUUCCUCUGAGGCUGAGAGAGAGUGAUUUAAUAACCUGGAACACGAAACAGGAUUGUGUAAUCUGAACAGAUGAGGGGGAAAAUCAAACCAAAUGUACAAUCUCUGUGCUACAAAUUUCCUCUGCUAUUAAAAAUGAAAGCAAAGAGCCAAUGUUAUCUAUGGCAUUGGAAAGUCUGAUUGUAUUGGAUAAACCCCAGUUUCCUACCUCUGUAAAGCAAGCAUUAGCUACACAUUUUCAAGUGUUGAUCAUCACAGCCUUCAGGACUAGAAACUUGGCUUGUUUGUUUGCUUUUAAAGUGGAUUUAAAUUCUCUGGAUCACUGAAUGCUGGACCCAUUCUAAAAAUGCCUACUUACGCAGAAUCCUGACAGCCAUGAAUUGUUCCCAGAGCUGACAAAAUGGGAUAUGGAUUUUUUUCUCCUUGUGAUGAUAUAGACUCUGAUCUCCUGGACCCUAAGUAGCUUUUUUUGUUUUUCAUUUUUUCUUAAAAAAAUAAAUAAAAACCAAUAAAAGCUGUUGUAA